AUGCCGAUGCCACCCAUCCCCUGGAAAUACCAGAGGUGGAGCCACGAGGCCACAGAGGAAGCCGAAAGCAAUGCAGAUGCCGAGGCCGGUGAGGCUGGUGAGGCCGACGGUGAGCCGGUGACGAACGUGAGCAGUUUGUCGAGCUCCUGGAGUACCGAGGAGGGACGCCGCUUGAGGCGCAAAAAGUUGUCCACCACGGCCUCGGAAUCCUGGAAGUUGAGCCGCAAGGAGCUGUGCAUCAAGAAGGAACUCAGCCGCACCUUGAAGAGUACCAUCUAUUUGGCGACCUGGAAGGGCACUGAAGUGGUGGUGAAAUCGGUGAAAUGUGCCCAGAAUUUGCAUUCAGAUUUGGCUCAUGAGGAGUCGGAAAUGAUGCCAAACGAUAAGAUUGCUGAAGAACUCCUGAUGGAAAUCGAACAUUUGGCAUCCUUCCGACACCCUGACCUGGUGAUGUUCCUGGGUGCUUGCCUAGAUUCCACUCUGCCCAUGUGCGUCACAGAGUACAUGCCCAUGGGCGAUAUGGAGCGCUACUAUCAGUUGAACCGUCAAAAGUAUGAUAGUGCGUGCUGGCGCCCCAAGCUCUCUCAGGUGGUCGGUUGGGCAUUGGCAACGUGUCGUGCGUUGAGCUUCUUGCAUGGCCGGGAAAUUCCCUUGGUGCACAGAGAUUUGAAGCCUUUGAACCUCCUCUUGACGAAAUACUUGGAGGUCAAAGUUGCAGACUUGGGCAUUGCUCGAGUCUUGGCUCGGGCAGGGCCCGAGUCAGGUGACUGCGGGCAGAAAGGGAUGACAGGUGGCAUCGGCACCUGGCGCUACAUGGCUCCGGAAGUGGUGCGACACCAGAAGUACACUGAGAAGGUGGAUAUUUAUGCCUUGGGACUCAUCAUGUAUUUCAUGAGUUCCGGAAAGCAGCCUUUCCACCAGCUGGGCAUCGAUCCAGAGAAGAUUCUGCAGGCGUAUCUGAAGGGCAACGAACCCAGGCCUUUGCUGACAGAUUGUCACCAAGUUUUGCGGCCAACUAUGGCCCAAGCCUGGCACGAGAGUGCCCAAGCACGUCCAUCUGCAGACGAAUUGCUCAGUGAACUCAGUGAACUUGGGAAUUUGGACUCUGGAGCCAAGUGUGCACCUUGUCUCACUAUGUGA